CUCUGAAGAAGUUGUUGGUUGCUGGGAGUGGAAGUGGAAGAGCACACCUUUUCAGGUCCAGAUUGCACCACACUCAAAUUUAAGUCAUUCAUUAUUCAAAUCAGUGAACGAGCAUCAUUUUUUGCUUAGCAGCUUCUCCUAUAAGAAAUUGAUCCGUUUGAAACGAGAAUUGCAUUGUAUUGAAUCCAUUAAAAUGGCUACACGCGUUCAGUUUGAAAACAACAAUGAAGUCGGAGUCUUUAGUAAAUUGACGAAUUCUUAUUGUUUGGUUGCUAUCGGUGGAUCUGAGAACUUUUACAGCGUUUUUGAAGCUGAGUUGAGUGAAACAAUUCCUGUAAUUCAUGCUUCAGUUGCUGGUUGUCGAAUCAUUGGAAGGCUGUGUGUUGGCAACAGACAUGGUUUACUGGUGCCCAGCUCCACAACUGACACAGAGCUGCAGCACAUCCGUAACUCUCUGCCAGACUCGGUCAAGCUACAGAGGGUGGAAGAAAGGUUGUCAGCGCUAGGUAAUGUUAUCACUUGUAAUGACUACGUGGCCCUCGUACAUCCCGACCUUGACAGGGUGAGUUGA